AUGAUUACUUCUACUUGUCUUCGUUUAAGUGUAGUUAUUCUUUUGAGCGUUAUAAUAAAGGAAAAAACAGUAAAAACACAAGAGGUUCAUCUGCCACCAGGGCACGAAUGUAAGAUGACUCCAGUUAUUCAUGUCCUGCAACACGCUGGUUGUGUUCCCAAACCUAUACCAUCUUACGCUUGCAUUGGCAAAUGUACGAGUUAUGUGCAGGUAUCCGGUAGCAAGAUUUGGCAAAUGGAGCGAUCGUGUAAUUGCUGUCAGGAAUCAGGAGAAAGGGAAGCCACUGUGGUUUUAUUCUGUCCCAAGGCUAAAAGCGAAGAAAAAAGGUUCAGAAAGGUGACUACGAAAGCUCCGUUGGAAUGUAUGUGUCGUCCAUGCGGUACCAUUGAUGAAAGUUCCAUUAUACCACAAGAAAUUGCUGGAUACUCUGAUGAAAGUCUUCAAAACCAUUUUAGAAAAUCGUAUUAAAUUUUAUUAAAGCUGGUUAAAUGUAUUCUGCCCUU